AUGUCGACAGUUGAAAUCAUCUCCAUCUCCACUGCCUUGAUGGCGUCAGGUGGAAUCGCCACCCUGACAUUCUUCGACGUCCCGGAGCUUCAAUCUCAGCCUGCCUCUCGAUCUCUACCUUCCAUCCGAUGGCUCUUCAGUCGCGGGUCACAUGUCUUCCCAUCAGCCUCACUUCUGUCAACCAUUGGCUUUAUCUACUCAGCAUCUUCCAACAACUUAACAGGCUCUGGAUCCCUCUUCGCCUUCUCAAAAAACAGUCCCAAAACCAACACAUUCUUAACCGCAGCGGCUCUAGCAUUUAGCAUCGCACCGUUUACUCAGCUCAUGAUUCCGACAAACUUUGCUCUUAUUGAGGAGAAUAAUAGACUCGGUGGAGCGAGGAGUGAGAAAGCAGCUGAGGGUAGUAUAUCGACUGAUAGAAGUGCUUGGGAGUCUGUUAAAGGAACGGAUGAAGGCUUUGAGUUCGCAGACUUGAGCGGUCCUCAGGAACAAACGGAGAGGGAGUCCACAGCAGAGGAAGACAAGAAGGUUCAUGAGUUGCUGGAGAGGUUCCGGUGGUUGAACCUCGUGAGGGCUGUUCUCAUCGGGGCUGGAGGGGUUUUUGGUCUCUAUGCUGCUAUCAACUAA